UCCGCCUCCCCCGUGCCCGGGUCCCCCGACCCCCAGGCAUGCCCCUGCGGUCCCGACGCCCACGCGCCUGAGCCUCCUCCGUAGGCUCCCGGCCCCGCGCGGCCUCGGUGUCCCCGCCGGCUCCCGGCCGGUCCCCUUGCCGCCGCCCGCCGCCGGCCCGACCGCCAUGCAGGCGCGGGCGCUGCUCCUGGCCGCGCUGGCCGCCCUGGCGCUGGCCCGGGAGCCCCCGGCGGCGCCGUGCCCCGCGCGCUGCGACGUGUCGCGGUGUCCGAGCCCCCGGUGCCCCGGCGGCUACGUGCCAGACCUCUGCAACUGCUGUCUGGUGUGCGCCGCCGGCGAGGGCGAGCCCUGCGGCCGCCCCCUCGACUCGCCCUGCGGGGAGAGCCUGGAGUGCGCGCGCGGCGUGUGCCGCUGUCGCUGGGCGCACGCCGUGUGCGGCACAGACGGGCACACCUAUGCCAACGUGUGCGCGCUGCAGGCGGCCAGCCGCCGCGCGCUGCAGCUCUCCGGGACGCCCGUGCGCCAGCUGCAGAAGGGUGCCUGCCCAUCGGGUCUCCACCAGCUGACCAGCCCGCGGUACAAGUUCAACUUCAUCGCCGACGUGGUGGAGAAGAUCGCGCCGGCCGUGGUCCACAUAGAGCUCUUCCUGAGACACCCUCUGUUUGGCCGCAACGUGCCGCUGUCCAGCGGCUCGGGCUUCAUCAUGUCGGAGGCUGGCUUGAUCGUCACCAACGCCCACGUGGUGUCCAGCACCAACGCCGUCUCAGGCCGGCAGCAGCUGAAGGUGCAGCUGCAGAACGGAGACUCCUACGAGGCUACGAUCAAGGACAUCGACAAGAAGUCCGACAUCGCCACCAUCAAGAUCCAUCCCAAAAAAAAGCUCCCUGUGUUGCUGCUGGGUCACUCAGCAGACCUGCGGCCUGGUGAGUUUGUGGUGGCCAUCGGCAGCCCCUUCGCCCUGCAGAACACUGUGACGACGGGCAUUGUCAGCACCGCCCAGCGGGACGGCAAGGAGCUGGGCCUCCGGGACUCGGACAUGGACUACAUCCAGACAGACGCCAUCAUCAACUAUGGGAAUUCCGGGGGACCGCUGGUGAACCUGGACGGCGAGGUCAUUGGCAUCAACACGCUCAAGGUCGCUGCUGGCAUCUCCUUUGCCAUCCCCUCGGACCGCAUCUCACGCUUUCUCACAGAAUUCCAGGACAAGCAUAUCAAAGACUGGAAGAAGCGCUUCAUUGGCAUCCGCAUGCGAACCAUCACACCUAGCCUGGUGGACGAGCUGAAGGCCAGCAACCCGGACUUCCCUGCAGUCAGCAGUGGCAUUUAUGUGCAAGAGGUUGUGCCAGACUCACCUUCUCAGAGGGGCGGCAUCCAAGAUGGUGACAUCAUUGUCAAGGUCAAUGGGCGCCGCCUGGCGGACUCGAGCGAGCUGCAGGAGGCCGUCCUGACUGAGUCCCCGCUGCUGCUGGAGGUGCGGCGGGGCAAUGACGACCUCCUCUUCAGCAUCGCGCCCGAGGUGGUCGUGUGAGGGGCUGCCUUCCUCCAGCGCCAAGCGCCAGAGCCUGCAGACGGUGGGGGGCGCUGCCUCCCCAAGAUCCGGACGAAGGACCUCUGUCAGUCCUCAGCAGGGCCAGCAGCUCCUCCUGGGCCGCCCAGGGGCAGAGCCGGAGGCCGGACCUGGCCAGGGGUUCGAAUCCCAGCCUCAGGGGAGUGCCGGAGAGGGAGGCCGGAUGGCACUUGGUGCUGGUGCUCCUGAAGUUCACCUCCACGUGCCAGGGACAUCUAGGAAACUCCGGCAGUUCCUCCUCUCAUAGCCUCCUCCCUCUGCACCUGGGAAACCUCUGUGUGCAGUGCCCCCUGCUGCCCCCAACCUACUUCAGCUCCCACUGCCAAGACUCCUCCCCCACAAACACCUCCCGACCCACAGCCCGGCUCCCUCUGCCACGACACCCACCACGUUCAUUCUAGGGCAGGGGCUGCCUGCCCGCCAGCCUGGAGUCCCUGGAGGCCUGGCCACGGCUGACCCUCUUGAGGGGUCCAGCCCGGUGCAGGUGCUAAGCAAAUGUCCCCUGCCUGCCGAGACGAGCCCCGCACUGGCAGGCAGCAGGCGGGCUGGAAGCAGGGCGUGUCCUGCACUGGCGGGAAGGUCAGGUGGGUGAGCUGCCUGGAGAAACGUAUCCCCCCCCAAGGCGACCGUGGGUGGCCCGCAGGGACUGUGGACCUGCCGAGUGCCAGGACUGAGCUGGCUUCACCUCCCCGUGCAGCUCUGGGCUGCGGAAGCCCAUUCUCACGGAACUGCCACCCAGAGCAAGUGGGCGCCCACGGCCUCCCUGUCCUGUCUGGGGGAGGCGCGUGUCUCCAGGUGUACGUGUGGGCUUCGCUGUAGAGUCGACCCCCAAUGUUGCUUGUACUGUAUGUUUCUCUACUGUAUGGAAAUUAAAGUUUACACAGCAGGGGCGUCUGGGCAGCCUCCCCCUCCA